AUGAACACUACCUCUUUCGUUCAACAGCAAUUGCGUUUGCGCCAUGCCAACAAAUGCGGCUACAUGCUCCGCGUUUCAAUUUCAUCAAAGAUUGGCGUGCCAUACGAUACGGUCGGGUGUGGCUUUUCUUCAUUAAUUGCCCCUCCUAAUCGAACUCACGUCACUGUCAAGAUAGAGAAUAAAGGAUCUGCUGAACUGUAUACUUUUGUAAUGGAAUUGUUUUCGGAAUGUGAAAAACAGAGAAAUGACUCAAAAAUCAUAUGCUCUGAACUGCAGUCACACUUGGUAAAUUGGUCCCAAUUGUUUAAAUGA